AUGGAUCAAGCUAACAAUCAAGAUUAUAAUGAAGAUGAAGAUAGAGGACCACACGUAAAAAAUUCAAAAACAAAUCGAUCAGAUGAACAACGAAAGGCAACGUUUACAACAACUGCACUUGAAUUUAUUAAAAAAUAUCGAUACAAAAGAAGAAGAAUAUCAAAAAUUAAGUGGAGAAGAAAAGAAAAAAAACGAAAAGGAAUUGAUGCACUGAUCUCAGAAGAAAGUGAUAUAAGUAGCAACAUUAAAUUAUGGCUUAAUUUAAUAGAAAUCGCUAAGAACAGGAUGAUGAUUCCUGAAGCAGUUUUUCGUGGAUUUUCGACUGCAACCCGCAGGUAAAAUACCGUUUCUGGUCGAAACCAUCAGGCAAAUGUCAGAAAUCCGAUGACCGG